UAGUGGGCAGGCAGCAGGGGUGGGAGGGGGUAGACAGACAACCUGUUGCAGCUGCAUGCCAGACCCAGCAAGGGAGGAAGAGGGUGGGUGGAAAACGGCUUCUAAAGGAGAGAGAGAGAGGAAAAAAAUCUUUCCAGUCCUAUAAAAACGGGAACAAGCCUUGCACACAAAGAGGAACCGUAGGACAACAUGAAGGGGAGUUGCUCCAAUGCCUUGAUCAUCCUGGUUGCCCUUUUCUGAACCUUUUCCAACUGUGCAGAUAUCCUUUUUGAGGCCUCUCUGUUCCAGCCGGGCUCCCUGUUCCUCCUCCUCCUUGUCCAGCUGCCCACCUCACAAGGACAGGCCAUCAAUGCCCAAGCAGCCGCAGCACUGCGAAGAUUCCCUCCCGCUAGACUGUGAAGAUGUUUAUGACCAAGGCUCCGAGACGGAUGGUGUGUACCUCAUUUAUCCUGCAGGCCCCAACAUCCCUGUGCCUGUGUACUGCGACAUGACCACCGACAAUGGAAAAUGGACGGUUUUCCAGAAACGAUUCAAUGGUUCCAUCAGUUUCUUUCGGGGCUGGAACGACUACCGGUUUGGCUUUGGCCGAGCGGAUGGCGAAUACUGGCUGGGGCUGCAAAAUAUCCACCUCCUGACCCUUAAGCAGAAGUAUGAGCUACGUGUGGAGCUGGACGACUUUGAGAACAAUACAGUUUUUGCCAAGUACACAGACUUCUCGCUCUCGCCAAAUGCUAUCAGUGCAGAAGAGGAUGGCUACACGUUGCAUGUGUCUGGCUUUGUUGAUGGAGGGGCAGGUGACUCACUGUCCUACCACAGCGGCCAGAAGUUUUCCACGUUUGACCGUGACCAGGACCUUUAUGUGCAGAACUGUGCAUCACUCUCUUCGGGUGCCUGGUGGUUCAAGAGCUGCCAUUUUUCCAAUCUCAAUGGUUUCUACCUUGGCGGGGCCCACCUCUCAUAUGCCAAUGGCAUAAACUGGGCUCAGUGGAAGGGCUUCAAUUACUCCCUCAAGAGAAGCGAGAUGAAAAUACAUCGUGUCUGAGACUUGAGGUGGCUGGUGGCUUCUUCCCAUUCCUCCCUUCAGUAGCCACUGGAAACGGGAGGGAAGACGGAUUUCCAUUUAAAAAAAUGUUGUGACAAAGGAUGUGGAUCUGGGAUUAAGAACCAGCAUUAUGAUGGAACUAAAGCCAUUGUCUACACCAGAUGUGGGGAACUUUGGUGUUCCAGACAUUGCUGAACUACAACCCAUUAUCCCUGGCCAUUGGCCAUGCUUGCUGGAGCUGAUGGGAGUUGUAGCUCAGCAACAUCUGGAGGGCCAGAGGUUCCCCACACCUGGUCUAUCCUAACAGAUUUAAUCCAGCCAAAAUUGGUCCUCCUAAUUUCUCAAAGGUUUCCUUGCCUGAUGAAAAAGGCUUCUGUUUUUCUAGCUUUUUUUCAGUGCACUUUGUAUGAGGUCGAGCUUACCUUCCAUUGCAAGGUGGCAAACAGUGAUAGCGCUCUGCAGCCUUCAUGGCUGCCUGCACUUUCUGGUCUGAAUAAAAAAGGGGGGAUGACUUACCUCAAGAUGUCUUCCCCUAAGCUUCAAUUGAAACAGGGGAGGCUGAGAACGCUGUUUAGCACCUGUUCGCUACAGGUGCACUUGCUGGUUUUGUUUUUAAGGCAGGUGUGGCUGAACUACAACUCCCAUAAAACCUGGCCAUUUUUCAUGCCGGCUAGAGGCCUAGGGCUCCUUGGAGUUGUAGUUCAGCAACAUCUAGAGGGCUAAACAUUCCUAUGCCAAUUCCUUUCUUUUACCGUAACCCCCUUAAACUUCCCUCCCCCUCACUGAUUUAUUUAAAAGUAAAAGAUACUUCACUUUUAAAAAAAACCAGACAGCUAUCACAAGCAUGGUAGACACCCUCCCUGGUUUCUAAUACUUACAGGGAAAUCUACCAGGGUAAAUCAUGGGGUUUUCAGGAAGUGCAAGCACCCGGAAUGGAAAGGCUGCGGAGUGCAGACCACCAGAAUUAUAUUUUGUAGGAAAGAAAGAAAGAAAGGACGCUCAGAAACACCCCUUGGCCACCUCAAUAGUAACAUAAGUGCAAAAAACCUCACAUAUUCCUCUAAUGAAAAUUUCAUAUCAACAGAUGGAGAAAGGUGUUUUUCUAAGUGCUAGUUUUUGGCAGAGCAGUAUUUCAGAACUGUUGAACUGUUCAGCAAGGAUCUCAAUAAUCUGUUAAAGAGUUUCUAACGCUCUCCAGAAAGGAGUCCCAGAGUUCUUUGGAAACUGAAGAUAGUUAAAGUAGCUUGAAACCCACUUAAACACAAAACAAAGACAUGCCCAGAUUUGCUUAGGGAGACUGUCUUCAUUUUAUUUGAGGCCAGGAUUGUAGCAGUCUGUAGCAGAGUUGGCUGGAUUAAAAUUCAAACGGAGCACGAGAAAAAAAAUGGGAAGAGGGGGAAGACCGCAGGCAACAUCAUCCCAACGAAGCACUUACCAAAAGAUUAAGAAUCAUUAUCAUCCUCUUUGUACCCUUUUGGCUUUUACUUUGAAAUAAAGCCCCAUUCUCUGAAA